CAGGCGCCGGCGGGGAGGUCCACGCUGCAGCACGCAGACGCGGGUCGCCAGCCCAGGGCCCCGGGUGCUGUUCAGCCUCGGCCUCCUGGGCGCAGAGCCCUUCCGGGAGCUGGGGAAGGAUCGUGCGACCAGGUUAUCAGAAGAAAUGGCCAAUGGUUUUGUACCAGGUUUCUACAUAGAAGAACUUAAUAAAUACCAUCAGAAGAAUGGAGUAAAAGUUUCCUAUCAGGAACUGUCUGUGACAGGACCACCACACAGCUUAUUGUUUACAUUUCAAGUUACUAUAGAUGGAAGAACAUUUCCAGAAGGCAAAGGUAGAUCAAAGCAGGAUGCGAAAAAUGCUGCUGCCAAGUUAGCUUUUGAUGUACUUACUCAAGAAAAAAAGGUAGGUAGUUCUUCAUCCUCGAUGACAAAAGACACUUCGGAAGAAUCAGCCUUUGGGAAUUACGUAGGCCUUGUCAAUCGGAUUGCCCAGAAGGAUAAACUAUCUGUAAAUUAUGAACAAUAUGAUUUGAGGGAACAGGGGCCUCGGAGGUUUCAGUGUAAAUGCAAAAUUGGGCAGAAAGUAUAUGGCUGUGGAACAGCUUCUACUAAACAGGAUGCAAAACAAUUGGCUGCCAAACUUGCAUUCGAUCGGAUUUCAGAAGAAAAGUUAGAGAAAGCUCACCAGGCAUCUCAUGAUCAUUUUUCUACUGAGUCCAGAGACUCUGGAAACGGCUCUUCCAAAACAUUAGCUUCUGAAUCAUCAUCUGAAAAUGAUUUCUCAGCAAAUGCAAGGAAAAGUGAUCAUAGCAGUGACAGUGAAAGCGGUUGUUGUCCUGUGAAUGGUCUUAGGAAUAAGCAAAUGAAGACAAAAGUAAAUUUGGCACCUAAAUUUGACCAUGCUAAUGUAGAAGAAAACAAGUACACUGUGAAUGACAGGUUUGCCAGUGAAUAUGAAGACAUAGAACCAAUUGGUGAUGGUGGAUAUGGCCAGGUUUUCAAAGCAAAACACAAACUAGAUGAAAAGAUUUCCGUUAUUAAACGUGUUAGAUGUACUAACGAGAAGGUACUGCGUGAAGUACACGCGCUGGCGGCUCUUAAUCAUACCAAUAUUGUUCGGUAUUAUCAUUGUUGGAAAGGAAUCGAUUAUGAUCCUGAGUGCAGCACAAGUACUAAUCCACGAUCAAGGAGUUGUUGCCUUUUCAUCUCAAUGGAAUUCUGUGAUAAAGGGACAUUGGAGAAAUGGAUUUACCAAAGGGAAAAAAGCAAUCCAGACAAAGCUUUGGCUUUGGAAUUCUUUGAGCAAAUAACAACAGGAGUACAAUAUAUACACUCAAAAAGCAUAAUUCAUAGAGAUCUUAAGCCAGUUAACAUAUUUUUAGUAGAUGAAAAACAAGUAAAGAUUGGAGACUUUGGACUUGCCACAACCUUGGAAAAUGAUGAAAAGCGAACGAGAGAUAAGGGAACUAUGAGGUACAUGAGCCCAGAACAGCUGGCUUCAGCUGAAGAUUAUGGAAAGGAAGUGGACAUCUUUGCUUUGGGACUAAUUCUUGGUGAACUUAUUCACAUUUGUAGCACUGUUCAGGAAACAAUGGAGUUUUUCAAAGAUCUAAGGAAAGGCAUCUUCUAUGAUGUGUUUGAUAGCAAAGAAAAAAACCUUCUACAGAAAUUAAUAUCACGGGAACCUCAAAGACGACCUGACACACAAGAAAUACUAAGGACCUUGGCUGAGUGGAAGAAUGCCUCAGAGAAAAAGGAAAGAAAUACCUGUUAGGGCCCUUCUAAAAAGUAUCACUUCUGAUCUGUGCUUUCCUUUAAUUUUCUAAAGGCUAUCGAUAGAUAUUUCCUCUUAUUUUCAUUUUCUUCCGUUUUUUAAAAUUUCAUGUCAGAUAGGUUUUCAUUAGUUUUUUUUUUUACUUCAAAAAACAUUCUUACACUUGAAGAAAUACAGAAUUCAAUUAAAAUUCAGGCCAUAGCUGUUUGCAUGGAACAUGGCAGUUUUAUGGAAGCAGAAGUCUUUGAAAGAAUAUUUGGUGACCCAUAUUCUCACAUGACAAAGGAAAUUGCUUAUGAUAAUCUCUCAGAAGGAUCCAUAUCACUCCUUUUUUUCAGCACUUCAGCUACAACCACAUGAUGGAGGAAGUUAAAAGUUAUGUGAAUUGUGUGCUAGAUGAAAAAUCCAUGAUGUAUUUUCUAAUGAUGUGUUUUCAACUUUUCUAAUGAAGCAGCAAAAGUAGUGGAAA